CCCAGCCCACUGCAUAUCCGAUAAAGAACAAACUGAAACAAUAAGCAAAGAACACAUUUUUUUUUUCUUUAAUCGAAUAUCGCUGCUGAAAAUUGGAGACAAGACAAAGAAGAAAUUCAAUGGCCGUUGCAUCCCAUCUGGCGAAACUGAACUUUGUUCCUCUAAACCGUCCUGGGUCUUUCUCUCAGCUUCCACGCAACAAAUUUCUUCAUAUUCAAAGAAAAAAAGCCUCGGCAUCGAUCAGCUGGAGCUUGCUCGACAAUGGCUCAAGGAAGCAAAGCAAACCCAUUUCGAUUCGAGGCAUGGCUUCCUCUUCUGGUUCCGACCUGGAGGAGAGUGUUAAGAAGACCGUGGCUGAUAACCCAGUUGUUGUUUACUCCAAGAGUUGGUGCCCGUAUUCUUCCGAGGUGAAAUCUUUGUUCAAGAAACUUGGUGUGCAGCCUUCGGUUAUUGAAUUGGAUGAAUUGGGUGCCCAAGGAUCUCAGCUGCAGGAUGUACUGGGACAGCUUACUGGGCAACGUACCGUCCCUAAUGUUUUUAUUGGGGGUAAACAUGUCGGUGGUUGUACAGAUACUUUCGAACUAUACCAAAAUGGAGAACUGGAAUCUUUGCUGUCAGACGCUAAUGCUAAAAGUAAGGAAAAAUAGUUCAUUUGGCUUGACAUAACUUUGGAUCCUAUUGAAAGGCACUCCGGUUCUUGCCUCCGUAAACAGAAAUGUUUCAUUGGAUUACAUUUAUUUAUGUUUCUAUAUCUCUCCAUUCCAAUUGUAUGUUGAAACCAUGAAAGUACUGCAUGUAAACCUUGUUUUGUAAUAUGAAACCUGUAGGAUGUAGCAAUUCAUGAGCUUCUGGAAAAAGAAAUGAAUGUGAUG